AUGGCCUUUUUGCUCCUGUCGCAGACGCUGCGACGAUUCCUGCCGGGUUUUUAUAGUUUAAAUGACUGGACAGAGAAUGCGUUGAUCUCGCCUUUGUCACGCCUGAUCCACUGGCCCACUUUUCGCCAUGUUAGAGCGACACCUCGAGUUGAUAACGAGCCAAACAAAAGUGGAGGCGGAAAGGUCGAAACCCUUAGCAGAGAUGCUCAAGGACAAUUCAUUUCUGGUGGACUAACGGGGAUCGUCCAACUCCUCGACGAUGGCACCGUCCUCAAGUCGCCGUUUCCUGAUGCUGAAAUGGAAAACCACAUCCUCGACAUUGCUAAAGAAGCCACUAUAUAUUAUCGCAUUGGUCCGCAUGAAAGGCUGGUACGGAUAUUGGGCCACUCUAGGGAUGGCCUUGUCCUCGAGUACAUGCACAACGGUGAUCUAAAGACAUAUCUUCAAGCUCACAACUCGAUUUCAAUGGACCUCAAGUUGAAAUGGGCAGGCUAA